AUGUAAAAAGAAAAGACAAAUGUUGAAAUUGUAAUAGUUCUCCAGUGUUGUCAAUAAUAGAUGCUCAAAAAUUAAGUCCUUUUUAUAAAUUAUUUUAAUUAUCUGUCUCUCAUAAUAUACAUGAGAAAAAGCUUCCAUGUUAUGAUUGUCAAAUUAUAUAUGGAGAUACACAUAGUUUCUAAGCUGAUAUUAAGACAUGAAUAUUCAAAAUUAGGAACGAUGGGUAAGAGAUGAUAAGGAUAUGUUAUUCUUGAUAAAGUUGAUUCCAUGUUUAUUGAUGGUAAUAAUAAUAAGACAAUUCUAAUUACUCCUAUUCCAGGAAUGCUUGAUUUAAACAUUAUUCUUGGAUUGAUAUGGGAUUAAAUUUGUAAAGUAGAACCAAACCUUUUAACUAAUAAAAAAGUUUGGAUCCGAUCCAGAUGGUAUGAUGAAAAAAAACUCAAUAAUUAGUUAAGAUGCUUUAAUAAAUUUUAUCCCUUAGUUUCUUUUAAAUUAUAUCAACAAGGUGUAAAUUACAAAAUUGAUAAUGAUAAUAUUAGAAUAGGUGAUUAUCAAAAUACAGGAGUUGUACAUAAGGAAAAUAAGCAAUUGGAAAAAGGUUUUCAUCAAUUUCUUUAAAUCAAACAUAAGGUUCCCGUAACUCCAUUGAGAAUCAGCACUAAUUAUUUAUCCAAAAUUAGUUACUUUAAAAGAUAUAGAAGUUAACAUUUAGGCCUUACAGAUACUUUGGGUUCAAAAAUUACCUUACAAUUAUUAGAUAAAUAGUAUAAUAUAAUAAAGAAUUGUAUGAAAUAAAAGGCAAAAUUAUCAAGAAGGAUUAAAUUCUUAGAUUAAAGAGUAAUAGUUAUUGUAAAGUAAAUAGAAAGAUGA